UCCCGGAAUUGUCUUCACGCCACUCGUUCUCGGCCUCCUUUUCCAAGUGCAAGCUCCCCCCGAAACACAAAACACUACACCACCCCGUUAUUGCUUUUAUAUAUCUGGAGUAUACCAACCGCAUAGGGACGUGAUCAGCGAUCAUGUCUGACUUCAUUGAGAGCGAGGCUGAGGAGUCAGAGGAGGAGUUUGAAGAGAAAGACUUGAAACCUAGAAAGACCCAGAGGUUUAUGGAGGAAGAUGAUGAGGAGGAAGAAGAGAACACAGAGGACCAGGACGAGCGAGGAAAUUUACGCGGACUCAUUGAUGAUGGCGAUGAAGAGGAGGCGGAGGAGGAAGAAGGGGUUCAAAAGAGUGGUAGUGGAGGGGGGAGUGACUCAGAAGAAGAAGUGAGACAUCGACGUAAAAAGCGCAAUUACGACGACUACCUGGAUGAUGAUGAUCUCGACCUGAUUGAGGAAAACUUGGGCGUUAGAGUGAAAAGAAGGAAAAAGAAAUAUGAUCGCGUAAAAACACUUGAUGAUGAUGAAGAAGACGAUGACGAGAAGGACUUGAUCGCUGAUGAGAUCUUUCAUGGUGACGCGGAUGCCGAGCUGGAGGACGGCGAGGCAGUUGAUGAGCCGCUCCACCACGCUGAUGAAGAGGAAGAAGGAGAGGAUGAGGAGUCAGAUAUAGACGACUUCAUUGUGGACGACGAUGGUCAACCCAUCACCAAAAAGAGGGGAAAGAAGUUUUCAGGAUACACAGAUGCAGCACUCCAGGAAGCCCAAGAAAUUUUUGGCGGCGACUUCGACUUCGCUGACUUUGACGCUGACACAUACGACCAGGGCGAGGAGGAGGAAGAGGACCAGGAUGAAGAGAGUUGGGACAGACCAAAGAAGACGACCAAGAGAAGGCAAGGGAGGAAGAGCAUCUUUGAGAUCUACGAGCCUAGUGAGCUGGAAAGUAGUCACAUGACUGACCAAGACAAUGAGAUCCGGACCACUGACAUGCCCGAGAGGUUUCAGUUGCGAUCGAUCCCUGUUAAACCUGCUGAGGAUGAUGAACUGGAGGAGGAAGCUGAGUGGAUCUUCAGGCAUGGCUUCUCCACUCUUACCAUUUCCAUGCAGGAAAGCACAGAUUAUCUGGACAGGGGCACGACCACAAACUUCAGCAGGAAAGGCCCAAGCACAAUUGCCAAGAUCAAAGAGGCCCUCAACUUCAUGAGGAAUCAGCAGUUUGAGGUUCCCUUCAUAGCUUUCUACAGAAAAGAAUAUGUGGAGCCAGAGCUCAACAUCAAUGACCUAUGGAAGGUGUGGCAGUGGGAUGAAAAGUGGACUCAACUGAAGACCAGGAAGCAGAACCUGACCCGUUUGUUUCAAAAGAUGCAGUCCUACCAGUUUGAGCAGAUCUCUGCGGACCCUGACAAACCUUUGGCUGACGGUAUCCGUCCUCUGGACACAGCUGACAUGGAGAGGCUGAAAGAUGUGCAGAGUCUUGAAGAGCUGGGUGACGUCUACAACCACUUCCUGCUCUACUACGGCCGAGACAUCCCCAAGAUGCAGAAUGCUGCAAAGUCCAGCAAGAAGAGGCUGAAGAAGAUCAAAGAAGUGUCAGAGGAUGGUGAAGAAGAAGAAGUGGAAGUAGAACAAGAAGAAGAAAAGAAAGGACCUGACCUCAAGCUGGCAUCCCGCAGAGAUAUGUACAGCAUCUGCCAGAGUGUAGGACUCGAUGGCUUGGCUAAAAAGUUUGGGUUGACCCCAGAGCAGUUUGGAGAAAAUCUGAGAGACAGCUACCAGCGUCAUGAGACAGAACAGUUCCCAGCCGAGCCUAUAGAGCUGUCCAAAGACUAUGUGUGCAGUCAAUUCUCCACCCCCGAGGCGGUUCUUGAAGGAACCCGGUACAUGGUGGCCAUGCAGAUUGCCCGUGAGCCUCUUGUCAGACAUGUUCUCCGGCAGACCUUUCAGGAAAGAGCAAAGAUCAACAUCAAGCCUACAAAGAAGGGCAAAAAGGAGGUAGACGAAGCUCAUUUUGCCUACUCCUUCAAGUAUUUGAAAAACAAGCCUGUGAAAGAGCUGAAUGGGGAUCAGUUCUUGAAAAUGUGCUUGGCAGAAGAAGAGGGGCUGCUUGCCAUUGACAUCUGUAUAGACCUUAUAGGUGUGAAAGGAUAUGCCGGGGACCAGACGUACUUUGAUGAGAUCAAACAGUUCUACUACAGAGACGAGUUCAGCCACCAGGUGCAGGAGUGGAACAGGCAGCGAACUUUAGCCAUAGAGAGAGCUCUCAAUCAGUUCCUCUACCCUCAGAUGGCCAAAGAGCUCAAGAGCAAACUGAUCGCUGAGGCCAAAGAGAGCAUUGUUCGGUCCUGCUGUCGCCGGUUGUAUAACUGGCUGAAGGUGGCUCCUUACAGGCCAGAUCAGCAGGUUGAAGAGGAGGAUGAUGAUCUGAUGGAUGAGAGUCAAGGCAAAGGCAUUCGUGUGCUGGGUGUGGCCUAUGCACCAAGCAGAGACACACCAGUGUUCUGUGCUCUGAUCAAUGGUGAAGGAGAGGUGGUUGACUUCUUACGCCUGCCCUACUUCAUGAAGAGGAGGAAUGCCUUCAGGGAGGAUGAGAGGGAGAAGAAGAACCACGAUAUUGAAACUCUCAAAAAGUUUCUGUCCAGCAAGAAACCCCAUGUGGUGGCUGUGGCUGGGGAAAACCGAGAUGCCCAAAUGAUCAUGGAGGACAUCAAGAGGGCCAUCAGUGAGCUUGAGCAGGAGUCCUCUCUGCCUGCUGUGGGAGUGGAGCUUGUUGACAACGAACUGGCCACGCUGUACAUGAACAGCAAGAAGUCUGAGGUUGAUUUUAGGGAUUACCCUCCCUUGCUACGUCAGGCUGUGUCGAUAGCAAGGAAGAUCCAGGAUCCCCUGAUAGAGUAUUCUCAGGUUUGCAGUACUGAUGAUGAUAUCCUCUGCCUCAAACUGCACCCCCUACAGGAGCAAGUGGUGAAGGAAGAUUUGCUCUGCGCUCUUCACUGUGAAUUCAUCAACCGUGUAAAUGAGGUUGGAGUCGAUGUGAACAAGGCCAUCGCACACCCUCACACUCAGAGCCUGGUCCCAUAUGUCUGUGGUCUGGGACCAAGAAAAGGCUCCCACCUGCUCAAGAUUCUAAAGCAGAACAACACCCGCCUUGAAAACAGAACCCAGCUGGUCACAAUGUGUCACAUGGGACCCAAAGUUUUUAUCAACUGUGCCGGUUUCAUCAAGAUUGACACUGCAUCACUAGGAGACAGCACUGACUCCUACAUUGAGGUUUUGGAUGGAUCUCGAGUCCAUCCUGAGACGUACGAGUGGGCUCGUAAGAUGGCUGUGGACGCCCUCGAGUAUGAUGAGUCUGCAGAAGAUGCCAACCCAGCAGGAGCUCUAGAGGAGAUCUUAGAAAAUCCAGAACGUCUCAAAGAUCUUGACCUGGAUGCUUUUGCAGAAGAGCUUGAGAGACAGGGUUACGGCAACAAGGGGAUUACCCUCUACGAUAUCCGUGCAGAGCUGAGCUGCAGAUACAAAGACCUGAGAGUUGUCUACAGAGUCCCCAACACAGAGGAGGUUUUCAACCUGCUCACAAAGGAGACUCCAGAGACAUUUUAUAUUGGUAAGCUGAUCACCAGUGUAGUAACUGGUAUCGCUCACCGGCGUCCUCAGGGUGAGAGUUAUGAUCAGGCCAUCCGUAACGAUUCUACAGGCCUGUGGCAGUGUCCUUUCUGUCAGCAGGAUAACUUCCCUGAACUCAGCGAGGUGUGGAAUCACUUUGACAGCGGGUCGUGUCCUGGUCAGGCUAUUGGGGUGCGGUCCAGAUUAGAUAACGGCGUCCAGGGAUUCAUUCCCACCAAGUUUCUCAGUGACAAAGUGGUUAAACAUCCUGAGGAGAGAGUCAAGGUGGGCAUGACCGUUCACUGCCGUAUCAUGAAAAUCGACAUUGAGAAAUUCAGCGUAGACCUCACAUGCCGCACAUCAGAUUUGAUGGACAAAGCCAAUGAGUGGAAGCUCCCCAAGGACAGCUACUAUGACUUUGACACAGAGACCGAAGACCAAAAGCAGGAGGAGGAGCUCAAAAAGAAACAACAGCGAACACCUUAUAUUAAGCGUGUGAUCGCCCAUCCAAACUUCCACAAUAUCAGCUUUAACCAAGCAGAGAAGAUGAUGGAGACCUUGGAUCAGGGAGACUUGAUCAUUAGACCCAGCAGCAAGGGAGAGAAUCACCUCACCGUCACCUGGAAGGUGGCUGACGGUAUCUACCAGCAUGUGGAUGUGAGAGAAGAAGGCAAAGAGAACGCAUUCAGCUUAGGUCACACUCUCUGGAUAAAUAGUGAGGAGUUUGAAGAUCUGGAUGAAAUCACAGCUCGGUACAUUCAGCCAAUGGCAUCCUUUGCCCGGGAUCUGCUGGGACAUAAGAACUUCCAUGAGUGCUAUGGGGGAAACAAGGAGAAAAUGGAGGAGUUAUUGGUCAAAUCAAAGAGGGAGAAGCCUACUUUUAUUCCAUACUAUAUCUCGGCAUGUAAAGAACUGCCAGGAAAAUUCAUACUGGGCUACCAGCCUCGUGGAAAACCAAGGGUUGAGUUUGUGACCAUCACUCCAGAUGGUUUCCGCUACCGAUCGCAAGUAUUUCCCACUGUGAACGGACUUUUCCGUUGGUUUAAGAACCAUUACCAAGAGCCUGUGCCAGGCAUCACUCCUAGCAACAGCAGCCGAACAAGGACUCCGGCUUCCCUUAACGCCACUCCAGCUAAUAUCAACAUCGCAGACUUGACCAGAGCUGUCAACGCCCUCCCACGCAACAUGACUUCUCAGAUGUUCAGUGCCAUCGCUGCAGUCACAGGCCAGGGCCAGAACCCCAACACCACCCCAGCGCAGUGGAACUCAAGCCAGUACGGCUAUGGCGGCAGCACAGGAGGAGGAGGAGGAGGAGGAGGAGGGAGCUCCUCUGCUUAUCAUGUAUUUGCCACUCCUCAGCAGCCUAUAGCGACGCCCAUGAUGACGCCCAGUUACUCCUACACCACACCAAGCCAGCAGGCCCUUGGCACGCCACAGUACCCCGGCUCCACACCACAGUCCUCGCACUCUCAUGCACAUACGCACCCUCACGGAAGCCACGUGUCGCACCACAGUCAUCACGGCCAUCACAGCAGUCACCAUGGCCACUCGUCCGGUACGCCUUCAUCCUCCACGUCAUCCAGAGGGCGGACACCGCAGCAGCGCAGCAGCCGCAGCAGCCACAGCCGCCGCAGCCAAAGGCCAGCGGCAGCAACGCCUCCGCCGUGGACUGGGGUAAGAUGGCGGAGCAGUGGCUGAAGGAGAAAGAGGCAGAGGGGCGGAAGAAAGCCCAGAGGAUGACGCCACGUCCAUCACCCAGCCCCAUGAUUGAGAGCACACCCAUGUCCAUCGCCGGAGAUGCCACACCCCUGCUGGAUGAAAUGGACCGAUAGGACACGUAGGGGGGCAUCACUACCCCCCGCCCCCGCCCCAACUCCAUCCUCCACACGGCUUCUUCAUCUGGAUAAUCCUCCUCCUAAUGUAUUCCCCACCACCUGUCAGCCCCUGUGAUCCAGUUAUAGCUCAUGCCAUCACCUGACUGUCCAUUCACAACCUCUCCCCACCUCCUGAUGUUGUAGCUGCAGUUUAUCAGUCUGCUAUCAUGGUUAAUCUCAACCCCUUUCUUCAUGUCUUCAUCUCAAAUGCCCACCCCCAAAUCCAGCCAACUCUCCUGGCUGAUGAGUAUUUUGUAUAGUAUGAAUAACAACACUGUAUAUGUCAAAAUGUCAGUACAAUGACAAAAAAAACACUUGAACUAUCUGACAGCAGUAACAUAUAGGAUAUGGACCUACACAGACUAUGUUAGCCAGCUGUCCUGUUUUCUUUAUUUUUGUGAUCAGUCUUAGUUUUAGCCAUGAAUGGUUAUGACAGAGGGGCACAGGUAGUUUUUCCUUCAAUGUGGUUGGUGGAUUUUUUUGCCAAAAGAGCGCUUUGCCAAGCCAAUCAGGAAAUUGAAAUUUUUUGUAUGCGUCAGAAUGAAUAAAGACUGUUGUUUUUUCUGUUUGAACAUUAAGCCUCUGCUCUUCACAUCUGUCAAAGCAAACACAUCCGUGACAGUCCAGAAACACACACACACACACACACACACACACACACACACACACACACACACACACACACACACACUGAAUGUGAGAGACUUUUACUGUCACCUAAAAUGUGAGUUAUUGCUCCUUUCUCCACCUCGUGCUGUAUUAUGAUCAGCUGACUGUGUUCUGCCUCCUGUAGAUAGCCUCUAAUGUAUUAUGGACUCAUACUGAACCUCUUGAAGAAUGCUGGCGGACACUGAUAGUGUGCCACAUAAGACGUUACACUGGUUAUUUGUGAUGACUUUUUCCGCAUUAAUGCGAGACAGUGAAGUUAGGUCACAUUUGAAUGCAGUUUAGUUCAAAAUCUAACGAGUAAAGUAAAAGCACCUCAAUGUGUCAAGUUAGCAUCAGUGACAGUGUCUAUGCACAUUUUUAUUUAAAGUUAACUCUUUGAGUCUCGCAUCUUUAUUUUUUGGAGUUCAGAGAGAACUUGACCUUGAUUUGGGAUUAUGAUGUCAUCAACGUUGCAGGAUGCAACACCAUUCGAGUGCUGCUGCAGCAAUUGUCUUAAAUGGUAUAAACUAUAAGACUAAAAGGUUUCAGUGGAUACCUUCCACUUUCUUUCUGAACUGAGAUGUAUCAGCAGAUGAUACCCAUCAAACUGACUUCUCACUGUUUAUAAACCUAGCUCUGUAUAAUAUUUGAAAUGCACGCAGCUGUGUCAGUCAAAUGAAUUUGUUGUUGUCCAAGCCACUCUGCAUCCCUCCUGACUUGUGCAUUCACUUGUUUUCUGCUGUGCCUAGUGCCACAGUACAAUUGAGCAGUGCUAAUAUUCAAUGGUGUGCUUCAUUUUGCAGUGUGCAAAGUAUCAUGGUCCCAUAAUAUGCAUAUGGCUUUAAAUGAUUGUUUUGAUUAAACUUGCUUGGUUUUACUUCUCUUGCCAGAUUUAGAUACAUGGUCUCUCUCAGCAAGGGAUGUGAUUGGUUGUCGGCAGUAGUUGGGGAUAGAGAAGUGUUGUUUCUGGCACUGCUGAUGACCUUUUCUGCCUGUGAUCCCUUUAAUAAAAGUGUUCAUAUUAAA